CUUUAACGUCAAGAGAAUGGAUUAUGUAUAUUUUGUUCAAAUGUCUCUAGACACGUUUUUUCUAUCGAUAGAACAUCUUGGUUGUGAAAGACUGAGGAUGUAAUCUGGUCACGUGAAGCCUCCACCUUCUGAUAUCUUUCAAAGUCAUGCCAAAAAUUCAAGCAAUGUUUGUAGGUAGCUUGACAUUAAUCCUCCUAGGACUGCCAGCUUUUUCAGGGUUAGAAAUAACUAAAGUGACUGUACCACGCUGGAUAGAAAAUGGCACAAAGACUUCAGUGGUGCUGGACUGCGAGUAUAGCUAUUCUACUGAAGAUCGACAUCUUGUUGUCAAGUGGUUCUUGAAUAACGAUCCUGAGCCUAUCUACCAGUGGAUCCCUGAGCUCCACUCCCGACAGCCUUCCUACAGACUCCAAGAUCGGAUCAAUAUGAGCUAUACCAUAUUCCCAUCUUCCGAGUUUACCAAAUACCGGGCUCUGAAAAUUCUUCGUCCAACUACCGAUCUGAGUGGAAAGUACACGUGUAACGUUGCAUCUAUAGCGGAUGAGGACUCCGAGAGUCAAUGGAUGGUGAUUUACGUUUUGCCCAGGAAGUUCGAAUUCAACUAUACCAUAGUGACUGAGGGAUCAGUAAAUUUUACUUGUGAGGUUGAUGGUGUUUUCCCACUACCAGUGCUUACAGUUCAUCUGCGUAGUAGUUCAUCACCAUUACAUAAUGCUGAGAAGAUGCAUGUCCAAAACUCAAGCUCUUAUUAUAAUGGCGUUUACAAUGUUCAAGUCUUUCUUCAAUUAAACGACGAUGAGUUAUUCCCCGAGGAGCAUAUCGUGGAGUGUGUCUUGUUCAUUCCUGGAACUGAUAUUAAAGCUAAAAAGACCCUACAUUAUUUUCCAAGUACAGCUCCGAAAAACAAUGGAAAAAGUCCACGUGAUUCAAGAAACCAUAUGAUUAUAGUGACAGGAAUAGUUGUGAUGGUUGUGUCAGAUGUUUUUAUUAAAAGCUGACGGACUGAAAGCCUGAUGAUCGUUGUAAGGAAAGAAGUAAAAAUACAGAUUUUGUUCUACACCUAGAAAUUUCCAGAACUAUC